UAUUGACAGUCAUUCUGUUGCUUACAAAUCACAGCGGCUCCGGAAUAAAAGGGCUCUGGCAGCGAGGGGCGUAAUAAUUCAUCCAACGGGAGAGCAGUAGAAAUCUACCCUAUUUCCCUACCCGGCCCCCACCCGCCACACACUUCACCCCACUGAAUAUUCGGCGCUUAGUAGUAAACACUUGGCGGUAGUGGGGUUCCUUCGUAGGAACAGGUAAGAUAAACGGAAUUAUUUGUUUCUUAAUAAGGCGGGGAGGGCAGGCCAGCUUUAUUUAUCCGCCACGUUAUCCUGGGGAGGCUGGAAUCCCCCCAGCACACAAUUUUUAUUUUAUGGUUCUGGCCAGACGUGAAUGCAGAGGGACCCUCUCAUGAACCCAUCAACGCAAAUGUAACAAAGCUUUCAUUUAAAGCGGGAAGAAAUAAUUCAUGGAUUGUCACCCCCCCUGCCCUUCCCCCUUCUUCCCCCUUCCUGCUCUCCCACAAUUCCUGAAUGUUGGAUUUGCCUAUUUUGGCUUCCCCUGACAUGACUGACAGCUGGCUGAACGUGCAGUCUGAAGAAGAGAAAGGUCAGGAAAGCGGCAUGGCAGAUUCGGGCAACCUGGACGACAGCUUGACCAGCCUACAGUGGCUUCAAGAAUUUUCCAUCAUCAACGCCAACAUGGGCAAGGCAAGCUCUUCCCCUUGCAGCACAGAUCCUCACGGCUAUCAUAAGAUCCCUGGCUCUGCUGCACCGUGUUCCCCUCUAGCUGGUGACCCGGCUUGCAUGGGGAUGCCCCAUACCCCUGGCAAGCCAAUCUCCUCUUCCACAUCCAGGACUGCACACCUGCAAGGCCAGCCAUUGGAAGACAUAGAUUACAAGACUAAUCCCCAUGUGAAGCCUCCUUACUCCUAUGCCACGCUAAUCUGCAUGGCGAUGGAAGCAAGCAAGAAAACCAAAAUCACUCUCUCAGACAUCUAUAAAUGGAUUACAGAUAAUUUCUGCUAUUUCCGCCAUGCAGACCCCACAUGGCAGAACUCCAUUAGGCACAACCUGUCCUUGAAUAAGUGCUUCAUCAAGGUGCCACGAGAAAAGGACGAACCAGGGAAAGGUGGAUUCUGGAAGAUCGACCCCCAGUAUGCAGACAGGCUGAUGAACGGAGCAUUCAAGAAGCGCAGGAUGCCCCCCGUGCAAAUCCACCCAGCUUUCACCGGAAGACUCCAGCAGGAUGCUGGCUCAAGUUCAUCGGCUCAGCAGGUGGCAGCAUCUUGGAAAAACAACAGCAUCCUGAAAAUCAACAUGGAGUCUCAGCAGCUGCUCAAAGAGUUUGAAGAAGCCACUGGCGACCAGAACUGGAACCCGGCAGAUGGGAAAAUGAGCCAUAAACGCAAGCAGCCACUCCCCAAACGGAUGUGCAAGACAGCCCGUCUCUCCAGCUCCCCUCUGCUCACUCAGGAAGAGCAGACAGAGCUUGGGUCUCUGAAAGGUGACUUUGACUGGGAAGCUAUCUUCGACACCACCUUAAAUGGUGACUUCUCCACCUUCGAGGAUCUGGAGAUCACUCCUCCUAUUAGCCCAAUAACCAGGGAUGUAGACUUGACUGUGCAUGGAAGACAUAUUGACUGCCCACAGGAGUGGUGCCCUGCUGGGCAGGAUUACAUCCUAACCGAAUCCAACCAGAACAGCUUGGACUUUGAUGAGACCUUCAUUGCCACUUCUUUCCUUCAGCAUCCCUGGGAUGAAGGGAGAAACGAUUACCUCUCAAGUUCUGUCAACAUAGAUCCGCUCUUUGAACUCAACGAUCCUUCGUUGCAGACGGAAAUGAAUGACUGGAGCAAUGCUGGGUGUCUUUAAUGAGUGACAAGAGCCCUGGAUGGAAGGCUCAAGAUCACCCCAGAUUGACCUGCUGUAUGAACAAGAUUGGCCCAGUGCUGCGGGACUUUACACUAACAGUAGAAUCCUCUAGCAAACAAGACAUCUUCAUUCUUGGGACCACAUGGAUCACAGAGGCGUCGGGCGCGGGGAGGGAAAGAUCUGGAGAAUUUGGCAGGAUGUAUCUGAAAGCAACACAUGGGGAACUCUGUACCCCAAAAGACAACAAAAUAAUAAUAAUACAGUACUUAUUUUUGUGUUCUUUUAAAGAAAUAUGGAAUUUUUCUACUUUGGGGGUGGAGGGAAUUGAAAAGGGCAUAUCUUCCUUGCAGGGGAGGGCAUGACAUUUGAAUAGAAUGGAAUAGGAUGGAAGAGCUGGCCUUUUCUGAUUACUAAAAACAUGUUAGAUUUGUGAUUUCUGUAAUUUCCUCUUCCUUCUUUUGUCCAUUGGCUUCUCCCUCCACCCCUCUCUUUGAUGUGAGUGUGUUUGCAUUGUUUCUACCCAGGGAAAAUUUCUUCUCGGUAAAACAUGGGACAAUUACGUAGCAGGCAAAUACAAUUCCCAUCUGUAUUCUAUGAAUUUCAACCACCAGUCUAUCUAGGACUAGUUUAGAUGUUGACAUCUGUAUAUUCAGAAAUGAAUCAACAAGGCAAGAACUUUCAGGCUUAUAAAAUAGAGAGCCUACUAUAUAUCUAUAUAUCUAUUACAAAACCUAUAUUUUUAGCUACAGGGCACAAUCAGUAGAGUAUUUACAGCGGGGGUGGGAAAUGAGGAUUGUUUGUAAUGAUGUUAAUUAAGAUUGAAGUGUAUCAAGCAUUUGUUAUACAGAGGGGAAAUGUAAUAAAAUAUGCAAGUGGGAAUUCCUGCCAGUAGAGGAUUUUUAAAAAUCCACGAAUGGGGACCUGGCAUUCUCUAGACGGUCCUUUUUACUUAUUUUUGUAUCUUAAAUUCUUUACAUUUUUGCAAUCUUGACUGUGUAUACUGUAAAGCCUAGACAUUUGAAGUCAUGGCAGGCAGGCCCUCUAAAGUCUUGAACAACUAACAAAGUGCUGUACCCUUUCCUAGCCGGAAGAUAUGAAGGAAUUUGUGUGAUUAAAAGACAGACUCCAACAAAUCAGUUGCCAACACAACUGAUCAGUAAUGAAGGGCUAUUAUUUUCCUCUCCUUUUGGCCAAGCGGACCUGGGUGGGUACUUCUAAAAUAUUCCUCUGCUUUAGUUAAUGUCUCCGUAUAUUUGAGUCUCUAGCCAGCGAGAGUUUAAAACAAAACUCAGAAUUGGCAUGUUAAUCAGUGGCUCUAGACUCAUGGUAUGUACACAGUGUGUGAUAAUUUGUAUUCAAUGCUGGAUGAAGGUGCACUUUUGAGGUGCCAUACAUACCAACAACAUCCCACUGCAUAUUUUUAAAAUGCACUUUCCCCCCAAAGUGAGGAAGGAACUACACAUGUGCAAGUGCAGUGAGGUGUUGCACCAUUUAUUUCAGCACUUAGGGGGUGUGACUAGAGUACGUGAAUGGAGGGAAGUAGUUCACUGCUUCUUAAACACUCCUCCUACCUGUAUGUACAGAUAGCACAGAGACUAACUCCCGCUUUAGGCAACGUUGCUGUGCAAAGCUAUGUACAAUGGCAAAGUGCUAUGUACAAAAGCACUCUGUGGAAUAGCAAGCCCUGUGCAUUUCAAACCGUACGUGUGCCCAUAGCCUUAAGUGGAUGGUUACAGGCCAAAGGCUGUAUAUGCAGUGGAAACUGCAAAUGAAAGCUUCCCCCCUGCCUUUUUAUUUAGCUUUCAUCCUAGAACUGAAGUUGCUACCCAGCUAGGUGUUUAGCCCACAGCUAAUGUUAAGCCAAUAGUCAUCUUAAGGUUUAUGUGCAUUCAAAUAAAGUAAACUCUGCAUGUUCCCAAUAGUUAUGGAGAUCCCCCCUGGGAACCUGGCAGUCUUGUCUGGAACAUGAUGAUAUUUUAUAGGUAUUUACCUUUCUAAAGAGCUAUAUAGUGGUUCACUGGAAUGGUAAAGCUCUACUGUCUGCAUUUAGCAGAUUCAGAAACAAACAGAACGUUCAUCGAGCAAACAUCAAUCAUUUUUUUCCUUUACUUCUCUGCACCUACCUGAAUAAUGUACACCCAUGUGCAUUAUGUUUUGAAAUGUUAAUGUUUCCAUCCCCUUAAUCAGACCACCCCAAUGAUUUUUAAGUGGGGAGAGGCUACAACCUGGGGAGAAAAGUGCAGGCUUUCUGUUUCUGUGUGACAAAUAUGAUGAACUGUGAUAAAUGCCUCUUUAGAACCGCAUCUGUUCACAUCAGAGUAUUCUGCCCGCCCAUCAGUUUAUUUUAACAAAAGAGCUAGACUUCCAGGGACAAUAAUUUGACACCUAGAGAUGGCUGCUUCCCAUGCUACAUUCUCUUUAUUCACAGUUUUAAAAAAACAAAACACCGCAUCAUGGACACAGAUGAAACUGCAGAGAAUCCAAGCAUAGCUCUUUGCUUUCUGCCACCAAUAUUAGUCCUGUGCUCACAAUAGUGCGCAAGGAGAGAUGUGGCAAUGAAGCAUUUUUAUUUCCUAGCACUUUUAGUAUUCAGUGUGCUUUACAAUCAUCCUCACACCAUCCCUCAAAGGUAGGCCAUUGAAUCUCUCUAUAGGCAGAAGACUGAAGGCCAUUCCAAAUGGCCUGGGGUGUUUUUAUGUGCAGUAAAUGUGCAUUUGGUUCUGAGUUGCUGCACACUGUCUACACACAUCGGCUGCACAUUUUAUUUUCCAAGCACUUGACCCAAAUGUAUAUAUAUAUUUUUAUCUUGGGACAUGCAGAGUGCACACAGUCUAGAAAGGACAACCUGUGGUUUACAUCCAACCUCCGAUACGAUUUUUUUGUGUAAUCGAGAGUUUGAGUUCUGCGCAGCACCAAGGUAGUCCCAUAUUUGGGAUGGGGAUGGACGCCAUUUAUUCCUUGAAGCGUCUGCAGGAAUGUAGGACAUAAAUUCCCAGAUAAAAUAAACUCCCCAAGAGCAUGGACAGCUCCCACCCUGCCAAGUACUAGAACUCCUAAAGGGGAAUGGAGCCGCGCCUCCUGGGUAGUAAAAAUGUUCUGCCUCGUGACAUUCACAGAUGAACUGCCACCACCUGCCUAGUCUUCAUUACUUGGGUGCUAAAGCACAUGGCCCAAAGACUGGCCAUCUCUAGUCUAAAAUAUAUUGCCUCCAAAGGUCAAUGUAAGAAGACUGCUCUGGAGGUACACACACACACACACACACACACACACACACACACACACACACACACCCUGGAAAA